GGAGCGGAGCAAGCGGCACCCGUCAGGGCUUGAUCCAACCGCACGGAUGAGGGAACCGUAGCGGAUUAAAGACGGCAAUUCCUCACCCAGUCUCACACCCGCGUUGUUCACACGACCCGCGAAGCCUUCGUUCGCUUUACUGCCGGGCUCGCCCCGUUUCUCUGGGAGUCCGAAUGGAGGCAGCAGCCGAGGGAGCGGUUGGGCUGUCAGAGGCCAGGGACGGGAGUCUGUCGUCUGGGGCCACAGCAUCUGAGGAUGCGGACACUGUCAUCGGAGUCAGCUACGGGAUGGACGCCGGAGACAUGGAUGCUGCUGCAAAGAAGGCCUUCAUCACAGAGGUAAGCCAGUAUGCCCUCUUCUCAGGCCAGCCCGGUCAGGGGAAGAAGAUUGGCCACAGAGGCGUGGAUGCCUCAGGAGAGACCACCUACAAAAAGACCACGUCCUCCGCCCUGAAAGGUGCCAUCCAGCUGGGUAUAGGUUACACAGUGGGUAACCUGAUCAAGCCGGAGAGAGAUGUGUUGAUGCAGGACUUCUACGUGGUAGAGAGUAUCUUCUUCCCCAGCGAGGGCAGCAAUUUGACCCCAGCCCACCAUUUCCCUGACUUUCGCUUCAAAACCUACGCUCCCGUGGCUUUCCGCUAUUUCAGAGAACUGUUCGGCAUCAGACCGGAUGACUACCUGGUAAGAUUCGUGGUCAAAUGGCCUCCAGAAAAUGGCCAUUGAUGGGGACUUCGACAUCAAGUCAAGGAAAAGAAAGGGCUCAGCAGGUUACUGUGAGGUUGGUACCCUAACUUGAAUCAGAACCCUCGCACCCUGCUUCCCAAGUUCUUUGGCCUCUACUGCGUCCAGUCGGGAGGCAAGAACAUCCGCGUAGUUGUGAUGAACAAUGUCCUGCCACGCGUGGUCCGCAUGCACCUCAAGUACGACCUGAAGGGAUCCACCUACAAGAGGCGGGCCUCCAAGAAGGAGCGGGAGAAGGCCAGGCCCACCUUCAAAGACCUGGACUUCAUGCAGGACCUGCAGGAUGGACUAAUGCUGGACCAGGACACGUACAAUGCCCUGGUCAAGACCUUGCAGAGAGACUGCCUGGUGCUGGAGAGCUUUAAGAUUAUGGACUACAGCCUGCUGCUAGGGGUCCAUAACAUGGACCAGGCGGAGAGGGAGAGGCAGAUGGAGGGAUCCCAGGGUGGCAGUGAUGAGAAGAGACCCGUGGCCCAGCAGAAAGCCCUCUACUCCACAGCCAUGGAGUCCAUCCAGGGAGGGGCAGCCUGUGGAGAGUCCAUCGACACAGAUGACACGAUGGGAGGUAUCCCAGCAGUCAAUGGGAAAGGGGAGCGUCUACUGCUCUACAUUGGAAUUAUUGACAUCUUGCAGUCAUACAGGCUAAUUAAGAAACUGGAGCACACGUGGAAGGCUUUGGUUCAUGAUGGGGACACAGUGUCAGUCCAUCGGCCAGGCUUCUAUGCAGACAGGUUCUUCAAGUUCAUGAGCAGCACGGUUUUCAAGAAGAGUUCCUCUUUGAAGUCGUCUCCUUCUAAGAAGGGUCGUGUGUCGUUGACAGUGCCCAAGUACCCAGGUCCUGGGGCUGCCUGGUCAGCCAGCCAGCUGCCUUCCGAGAGAGACGAGAAUAUCUACGAUCUGAGGGGAGCACGUAGCUUCCCCACACUGGAGGAUGAGGGGCGACCAGACCUUCUCCCUUGCACUCCGCCAUCGUUUGAAGAGGCGACCACAGCAUCAAUUGCCACCACGCUGUCUUCAACCACCUCUCUCUCCAUCCCUGAACGAUCCCCUUCAGACACAGCAGAGCACCCCCGCUACAGGAGGCACACCCAGACCCAGGAGGAGCUGCGUGCGCGUGAGGAGGAUCAGCAGACCAUCACAGUGGAGGUGGAGGUGAAGAGACAUGACAGUGAGCCCACCAUCUUGGUCCCACAGCCCUCGCCUGAAAUAUCAGAAGCUGCUGACCCCCCAGAGGCUCCAGCCAGCCCCAAGGUGGUGGUAGUGGAGGCGGACAGGGCCAGCCAAGUGUCUGGCUCCGGGUGUAACAGCCAAGCCUCUGUAGAUGAUGACGAUGAUGUGCCAAUCACAGAUAUCUACUUUUAAACCCUUCCCUCUGGCAGAGAGGAGUGGAGGACGCCCCCAGUGAAGUGGACUUAUCGGUCUGAUCCCAAGAUCUCAGCGAUGGUGGCAGGAACCCAGUCCAAACCCAUAUUUUAAACCUGAAUACGAAAACAGAGGAUGUGAAAAGAAAAAAAAAUUGAGUGACUGGCUACCAGAGAGAGGGGGGAGAGAAACCUGCAAAAGUGAUGAUGUCACUGGUAUCCCGCCAUCCCCUGCCAUUCAUCCAUGACAAACAAAAAUGUUAAAAAAAAAAAGAGCGAGAGAAAGAAAAAAUUUACAGGACCCAUACUUAGAAGGCUACAAGUCUCAUGUUUGUCUAAAACAUGACAUAAACAUGGCAUAUUUUUGUCCAGUCCAAACAAAGUAAAUAGACAUCUCUACUACCCCCCCCCAUUCCUGUCAGUGG